AUGCGAUGGUCGCCGUCCCCUGCCGAGACAUUCUCGCCUAGCCACUCCACUGCGCCCCAGUGCCACCUAUCCCGCCUCACCCACCGUCGCAUCUUACCGAUUGAAAGAAACGCAAGAGUGAGGGACGACGGAGACGCGCAAACAGCAACAAUUUUUUUAUUAUUCAGUACUGCUACCAAAAGGUCAUUCUAUGACAAAGAACUCAUUGGGGAACAGCAGUUGCACCGGGUUACCUGGUAUAAGACCAACAUAUUGUUCCCAAAAAGAAACAUAAGUUGCAAUUUUAUAAGAUGGAAAAGCAUACAAAAUAAAGAAAGAAUUGGGAUAUACAUCCACAUGGGUUGCUAA